CCAGACUGGCUGUUCUUACAUGACUUCGCACUGGACGCAUUGAACUGUGACAUUGGAGGCUGUAGCUACGUGGUCCAUCAGUUUAUUUUAGGUAAAAUAGGAUUUAAACAUCUCAACAGUAGCAAGAGGAAGCUUUCGGCCGUAACAAAAAAUCUCGAAAGCUUUUCUUUUAAAUCUAUUUUUCUACUUUAGCACCGUGCUGGACGGAUCUGCCAUAGAGGAUAUAUGUUCGGUAAAGGUGCGAAGCGGAAGCUGGACGAGGAUGAAGAGGGGCUGGAAGGCAAAACGCUGGAGGCGCCGGUGGCGGGAGGGGGACUAGGCUUCUGUCCGGAGGGCUUGUCCAAGGUGUCGUACAACCUGCAGCGGCAGACCAUCUUCAACAUCUCCCUGAUGAAGCUGUACAGCCAGCGGCCGAUGGGCGAGCCCAGCCUGGAGCGCCGCGUCCUCAUCAACAACAUGCUGCGACGCAUCCAGGACGAACUCAAGCAGGAAGGCUCCCUGCGGCCGCUGCUCCUGCCGCCCUCGCCGCCGCCCGACGACCCCAUGGAUGAGGGUUUCCGUGACGCGCCGCCCUCCUUUGGUGUUUUGUCAGCGGCGGCACAGGUGUCCCAGCCGUCUGCGCUGUUGAUGCCGGCGAUCGUCCCGCCGCCUUCGCCCCACCCAAUGGUGCCUCCCAACUGCCAGGCAUCCCAGGCGUGCCCCACCCGCGUGGAGAUCUGCCCCGCCCCUCUGGACGCCUGCCUCACUCCCGCCUCUUUACUGGAGGACGACGGUGGAGAUUCAGCCUUUUGUACUCCAUCCCCGCCCACUCCUCCUAUGUCGCCUCCCCCGGCGCCGCCUCCUCCGCUCCCUUCGGCGCUUCUGAGCCAGGCGCCCGUCAGGGUCGCUGUGCCGGCCUCGUCCAACGACGGUUUCCCCUCCGCUCUGAGUGACAUGGAGUUGGGUCCUCCCACAGCCAUAACAAGGACAGCAGCAGCUAAUACUACGACCGUGACUACCUCCCCAGCUCCCACGCCACUCGCCCAGCCCUCCCACUUAGCACCCCUCUCCCCAGCACCCACGGGUCCACUCAGAGACAGCAGGACCAUGGGUGCUAAACCAGAGGCAGCUGGCGUCUUGCUAGCGGACGCCCGCUGUGGCGAGCUCCGGCCGAUGGACACUUUGCCCCCUGUUGGCCUAGUAGACAUUUCCUCCUCUUCUUCCUCUUCCUCGCCCUCGGGGUUUCUCUCAGACUUGGCGCUGGACGACGUCCUGUUCGCCGACAUCGACACGUCCAUGUAUGACUUUGACCCCUGUACGACAGCGGGGGCGGUGGGCGUGACAGCAGGCGGUGGCCUCACCAAACUGUCGCCGGUGGUGACGGCGGACGACCUCCUCAAAUCGCUGGCGUCGCCGUAUAGCGGCCCCGCCCCCCAGGUUUCAGCCAAUCAGCCUUUCAAAAUUGAUCUGACAGAACUGGACCACAUCAUGGAGGUGUUGGUGGGCUCGUGACUCGCGGACGCCAGAAACAGACAUUUUAAUAACAGACUGGAAUGAACAUUUGUUUUUUUUUUUCCUGUUUUUUAAGUUUUUUUUUUAAAAAACUCUUCAAAAGUCGGUAAUUGUAAACAUCGAUAGUGAUGUCAGUUAGUACUACUAUGACAACUACUACUACACAACACUGUGCAUGCACUGUGCUCGCCUUUCCAAAUAUGGAAAUGAAGUAACCGGGAAACAAAGACACACAUUUUGUAGUUUGUAUUUCUAUACUUGUGAGGACCUCCAUCGACUCCAUUCAUUCCCUAAUAAUCCUAAUUUAAUCCUAGUUUUAAUCUUUAACCUGAGCCUAAGCCUUAACCCUAAAACUGUAAAUAGAAAAACAAAUGAGGACCGGCAAAUUGUCCUCAUUCUGGAGGAUUUGUGCAAUCAUUCUAUCCUUGUGAGGACAUUACAGGUAUAGUAAUACAAGCCAACACACACACACACACACACACACACACACACUGAAUUCAUGGCUUUUAGCAGACGAGUGCCUUUCAAAAUGACCACUUCUUCAAUUCCUGUUUUUACAGUAUUUUUUCUAGUUCUUUUCACUUUAACAGCCGAGCAAGGUCACCCCUCAAUGUUGUUGUUUUUUUAAUUUAUUGUAUUGUGUUAUAAAACUAUUAUUAAGUAA